AUGGCAAGUCCGGGACAGAAAGUGGUGCUCAUUACGGGCUGUUCCUCUGGUAUUGGCCUGCGCAUGGCUGUGAUGCUGGCCAAGGAUGAGAAGAAGCGCUACCAUGUCAUAGCCACGAUGCGGGACCUGAAGCGGAAGGAUAAGCUGGUGGAGGCAGCCGGAGAGACCUAUGGAAAGACCCUCUCUCUGGCCGUGCUGGAUGUGUGCACAGAUGAGUCGGUCAAACAGUGCAUUGAUAGCAUCAAGGACCGGCAUGUGGAUGUGCUCAUUAAUAAUGCAGGUAUCGGCCUGGUGGGUCCAGUGGAAAGCAUCCCUAUAGAGGAGAUGAAGAAGGUGUUUGAGACCAACUUUUUUGGAGUGAUCCGCAUGAUCAAAGAGGUGAUGCCUGAUAUGAAGAAGCGUCGUGGGGGCCACAUCAUUGUGGUGAGCAGCGUCAUGGGUCUGCAAGGAGUGGUGUUCAAUGACGUGUAUGCAGCCUCAAAGUUUGCCAUGGAGGGCUUCUGUGAGUGUUUGGCGGUGCAGCUCCUCAAGUUUAACGUCACCUUGUCCCUGAUCGAGCCGGGACCAGUCCACACUGAGUUUGAGGCAAAGAUGAUCCAGGAGGUGAAACAGAGAGAGUGUCCAGGUGCUGACCCCGACACUGUGCACUACUUCAAAAAUGUCUACCUCCCUUCUUCUCUGGACAUCUUUGAGGCACUGGGGCAGACUCCAGAUGACAUUGCUAAGUGCACCAAGAAGGUGAUUGAAGCAAGUAGUCCACGAUUCCGAAACCUUACCAAUCCCCUGUACACGCCAAUUGUAGCGAUGAAGUAUGCUGAUGAGACGGGAGGCUUGUCUGUGCACGCCUUCUACCACAUGCUGUUUAACAUGGGCAGCCUGAUGCAUGUCAGCAUGACUGCCAUGAAGUACCUGACCUGUGGCUGUCUGAGGAGCAGGACGGUGUCACCAAACUGA